AUGGGUUGGUUCGACGGCUGGUUCGGUGGCAGCAACGCCAACUCAGACCCCCUUCGCAAGCUGGACCCGAAGCUGCGCGAGUUCCUCGAACGCGAGUCUCCCAUCAAGUACAACGCCAGCUCCCAGUCACAGUCGCAAGCACAGCCGCAAUCACAAUCACAAUCACAGUCCCAGUCCCAGUCCCAGUCACAAGCAUUACCACAAGCUCAGCAACAAGACCCCUCCAAGCCCCCUGUCCCUCCCGAAUCCCUCUUCCCCGACGGCCGCUACGCCCAUCUUUGGAAGACCUACAAGCCCCUCUCCGCCGUCGAAGCCGAGACCAAGACCGACUCCGAAAAGCUGCACGACAUCCUCGAAGCCUACAAGGAACGCCGUGCUGCCAUAGGCCGCGCUGCCCUCGAGAACUGCGCCGACCAGCAGGCCGCCUGGGCCGAUUGCAUGAAGUCUGGUUCCUGGUCCGCGCGCGCAACCAUGUGUCGCGACGAGGUGCGUGCUUUUGAGCGCUGCUAUAAUGCACAGAACAGGCUGCUCAAGGCCCUGGGGUACCUGAGCGUGCAUGGAAGGGGUCCUGAGGUCGAUGAGGAGAUCCAGAUGCGGGCAGACGAGCUGUACCAGAAGAUGCUAGCGCAGGAGAAGGCAAUUGAAGAGGCCAAGAGAGAGGGAAGGCCGAUCCCACAGUUUCGGUCGGUGUUUGAGGAGGGCGCCGCAACUGCUUUUGGCAGCACUGGCACUGGCGACCUGCCGGAGGAGCCGAGUGCCGAGACGCUGGCCGCGUGGAAGAAGAAACUGGAAAAGCUACCUGAGGAGGAGAGGGAGGCCGAGGAGCAGGCGCUGCGGGCCGAGUAUAAGGCCAAGGUGCAGAUGGCGACGCAGGUGCAUAAUAUCUGGAAGGAACAGGCAAAAGAGAGAGAGGCGCGCAAGGCCGAGGGCAAGGAUACGCUAAUUGAUAAAUGGAACAGUUUCGUCUCCUCCAUCACGGGGAGGUGA